AUGGGGAUGGGGCAUGCGCGUCCCUGCGACCAGAGGGAGUGCCGCGGCUACAGGGGCGCGGUUUGGCCAGGGAGGAGCAGCCGACGCUGGAGCUGGAAGAGGCUUCGGCCAUGGGGAAAACAAGGGGCCGGGGAGGAACUCGGCUGGGAGGAGCUCGACGCAAUGGAGCACGGAGGAAGGAGAGGGGUGCACGCCAUGGUUGCGCAGGAGCGAGCUCCGGCAGCGCGCGUGGGGCUGGAACACCGAGCUGGCAGCCGGCGCGCAGAGAGAGGCGACCGAGGAAGAUGGAGAAGCUCGGCCGAGCGCCAUCGGGGCGAGCCGAGGGAGAAAGGAAGCCGCGGCAGAGAGCUCGCCGCUCACAGAAGACUCCACUGGAGAAUGAGCAGGGAGAACAAAGGAGCUGGGCGAGAAAUUUCACGCGCGGGCGCCAGGGAAUAUGAUAGGGCCGAGCAGGACGCCGAGAGGAGGGAGAUGAGGGAGGAUCGAGCUCAUCGGCUGGGGAUAGAGGAGCGGCUGGGAAGAUAAGACUGCUGUGAUUUUUUUGCAGGUGACCGACGAAGCUUACGCGGCCACGGCAAGAACGAACUGGAGGCUGAAUGCCGCAGGGAGAUAAGAACGGAAGCUGUUAAGCGGUAAGAAAAUCAAAGGAAGAGACAAACGUGCGGGAAUUGCUCAGUGCCUUGAGAAAAAUCCCGGCAACGGAUGAAGAUAGGAGUGGCUGAAAGGAUAUUUUCCUAGAUGUUUUUUAUUUUUCUUUUCUUCUCUCUUUUUUUAAAGAGAAUUGCAAAUAUUUUGGAUCAUGAUUUUUAGCGAUGUACACUGGGUCGACACGCUAUACGACUACACAUUUCUUUCUAUGAAUCAGCGAACUAAAUUAAUCACUAAUUACUCGCUUUCAGUUCUAAUUACACUUGUCUGGUUUGUUUCGAACUGAAAACUAUUUUCGUCGAAUUCAUAUCUGUUAUUUAUAUUUAACGAUUUAAAUUGAGACGGGAUACACACGAAUCGAAUCAAACGAGAUCCGGACUGAGAUUUUAGUUCGCUUUUGUUUACAUAGGAAUCAGACAAAUUUCCAUAAUUGUAAAUAGUGGAACAAAUUAUUCACGAAUACUCAGUUCGGAUCAAGUUAUCUCGGUCCGAUAUAAUGUUUUUGCAUUAACUUUUGUCGCCGAGUUCAAAUUAAUUUAUUUGGAGAUAAAAUCAUCAGAGUGGGUCGGGCUUCCGAAUUCGUAUUCGCGUGAGCGAUGAAUUUUAAAUAAUUAUCGGACGCAACGAUUUUUAGAACAAAUAUGUUCCGAACAACACGAAAAUUUAGGAAGAGCCCGGAUAGAUAGAAAUAAAAACGAUGUCGCACUCGCGACAGACGACACCAAUGCAAUAUAAAAAUCACGAUCGACGAAGAUGUUUAAAAUUUAACAUCUGUUUUCUCCACUGAUAUUACGCGCUUAAAUCCAUACUCGUUGUCGAGCGGAAUAUAAACACCUGGGGUGUUACAACCCUCCCCCCUUAAAAGAAUCUCGUCCCGAGAUUCGGAGCGAAAGACUUCUAAGGGUAGAGAAGCAUAUAACCCAUGUCCAUAUCAGCGGUAAUCGUGAGACAGUUCUGAGCAAAGGCAAGUGUCUCAAAGUGUGGUUUCUCUAGCGGACAUAACAUGUAUCGCCUUAGGCUAAUUUAGAAAUGUCCACCAAAGAGACAAUAUCUGCCAGAGGUACACAUAAGGUUCUAUGUGUGUAGUUUACUCUUUCUGAUGACACUGUACUAUCUGAGUCUGUUGAGCGAGUGGCAAUUACGCGAUCUUACCCAAACAGAAUCAGAUGCACCAUCUUGGGUAAAACACACAGAAAGAGGUUUACCAACAAGUGGUCACAGUGAGUUCGUAGCACACGAGACGGGUGUGAAUGUCAAAUAACAUCACAGUUACUCGUGUUAGCCAGAAAAUCCAAGUCCAAUGAUGCUAAUGGAGACUCGAGGAAACAUCAGUGAAGAUUAUCAGCAAAUGUUGACUUCACGAUGAACCGAUUUCAUCCCACACUAGCCUGACUCCGACUAAUCACACGUGUUGGAAAAACACAUGUGAGGCAAUCGAGGCAUGACUAGAGCGAUAAUUGGGUGGUUACAGGCCGACUUAAUUUCAAUUCUUGUAAGUACUUUCUUUACGGUGAGGUGAACCAAAGUGAGUUUAGACAACUCGAUAAAACGAUCUCUAAACUCAGCCUUCGUUCAUUGGGCAGUUACAAGUUAGUCAAAACCAACUUGUUGAACCACUUUUGACAUUGAGCAAGUCCUCUCAGUACCAUCGGUAAGCCAAGGGUUGAGAGUUCAAUUUGCAAGCAAAAGGUCAUGCAUUUGGGUAGAAAUCCAUUUGGUCAGAUUGUUCAUCUGUUUCUUCAUGCGAGACGCAAUAUCCACUUGGUUAGGGAAUACAUGGAUUAAAUAAGAGAGCGAAUGAACAAACUCCUGCAUUUUAACAGCAGGGGAAAUCCAAUCUCCAUUUUAAGAGUAAUUCCGCUGUUUUCUAGCACUAAAAAGCUUCAAGGCUUCACCUUUACACAAAGGAUGCAAAGGGAACGCGUAUGUGUGUAGUCACUACCAAAGUCAAGGAAAAAGAGACCACACAUGGAAGUGGUAUGCCCUUUUGAUCCAAUAGAGAUGAUAGAUGUUGCUUGAUCACUUGACAAACAACACCGAAAUCGUUUCAAGGGAGGAGUUUAUGGAAGAUAACAUAUUAGGGUAGUUCCAUAAUGGAUCAUGACCAUAGACCUUGAUACCAGCAGCCGACGAGUAGCACAAUCCUGUGUGCGCAUUCACAGGAGGCUCUCAGUUUUGCCGCGGUACCAUAAGUCCUUAACCAUGACACCAUUACAAAACUGGCACCAAUAAUGGAUCUCACGUGAUAAGAACAAUUUGUGUAGAGAUAACCUAUUAAUAUAAUCUCAUAAUGGAUUAUGACUACUAACUGUGAUACCAGCGUGUACCGAGCAGCACAACCAUGUGUAUGCAUCCAUAGGAGGCCCUUGGUUUUGGCGCAGCAUCAUCAAUUUUAGUCAUAACGCCAAUACCAGACAUAACCAAUAAGAAAUCUCACACAACAAAAAUAGACUGGUCAAGGGUGAUAAUAUACAAAGAGAUACUCCACUUGUAUGAAGGGUUACAAGUAGAGAGCCAAAUAGAUUAUGGCCCAAGGAAAUGAACAAGACAUGGCCAUAACCUAAACUUGAUAAAAGGAGUACGAUGGGAGACUGUUAAUUCAGCCCCAAGCAUAUUUCUAUGCCCAUCAAAUGGAUUAUAAGUCAAGGAUUAGUUUCUGACUAGAUACGUAGGGAAAACAAUCACAAGGUUUAGUGGGUAUGCCUUCGAGAGACAUGAGGUAACCAAAGGCAUCACACUUUAAGAAAAUGGUCGGACAUGUCUUUCCUAAGUUAGGUCGAUAAAACAACGGUAGGAUCCUCAAGAAGAAGCAAACUGAAAUUAGGGGUAUCAGCUUGAACCAACUGAUUAAGGAUAUGGUUUAGGAUGGGGACAUGACUCGAGAUUCUUGGUUUAAGCCUAGAUACAAUUUAUGUCCAACAAGUAAGUUAUCUAGGCAUUUAUUUUUUUGUGGUUGGUCAUGGAGGGAUAAUGGUAAAUUCAAAUUUGGGUCUCGGUUCACCAACUAAGAACAUGGCCUAAUUCUAGAUUUAGGCAAACAGGUCACUAACCUUCUAUCGACACAUCAAGCACAAGGGCAAGCACAUAAAGCACCCUAAGAGGUCACCUAAAGAAUGGAGGACACCUAUUUCAUCGAAGUUCAUAAUUCAGCAUUUCACCACAUUAUCUACAAUCAAUGGUUAUUGGAAUAAAG